CCAUCACUCACCUUCACCAUCGUUCCUCAUCCUUCAUCUCCUGAGACCUCACAGGCCGCUCAUACCCUUAGCGAGACGCUGCCUGUGCUGGAUAUUGCUACACCAGGCAAGCUCAUCACCCCACACCCCCCGAGUGAGCCAGGCGGUCGGGCCUCCACUGAUAGACGGCCUCUCUCCCCUGGCAUUGGUACCUCUCCUAGCCCGGGUUCUCCCUCCUCGUAACAAUGACGACGAGGAGCACGAGGUCCACGAGGUCUGGAAGAGAGAGAAUCUCUGACGGAGACGUCUAUGUAUUCCUCCUUCAGGUUGCCGUCCUCUCCUGGUCGUCACAUCAGCGCCAGCUCGAAGCCUCACGGCCUCCCAUAUCCAGGGGGGAGAGCUCAGCCUCUGCUUCUCUCUCUUCGAAGAAGGCAGGCGAUUAUGGGGGUAGCAGCAGUAAUACUAGUGGUGCUAGCUCGUCCAAGUCAGACUGGAUGUCCUUGGGGGGACUGAUGGACGUUGUCGGAGCCUCCUCUCGCGGAGGGGAGGUCAAGUUCCCAGAGAAGCUCAUAAAGCGAUUGAAUGAUCGUCUAGAGAAGAUCAUCAAAGGGCAGGACACAAUAUACAAGGACAUCUCCCUGAGGUCGACUAUUGCUCGAUUCUAUGGUACCUUCAAGGAGGACAGCUUCCAACGCCAACUCAAGACAAACCGGAAGAUUGAGCCUUUGAUUCUGAUCUUUGUGACGAAGGCGCAGGAGGCGCUCAAGAAAGGAGUGCCUUCGCAGAAGGCUCUGUCUGAUGAAGAGCUCAAGGCUGAACUGAAUAAGCAGGUGGGGCAAUUUGUCAAGAUCAUUCGAGAAUCGCUGGAUACAGUCCAUGGCGUGUCUAAGGAGCUCAGGGAGAGGCUGGAUAGCUACCAGUCUACUCUGGUACCUAGGCCAACCAGCCUCUCGGUCCCGGCCGGCUCAGCAUCGACGUCUGCUUCGAUGGCAGCAGGGUCCACAUCCGCUUCCAGCUCGUCAACUGGUACCACAUUAGUGAACGGAAGCAGAAGAGGGAGUUCGGCAAGCACUGCGCUUCCGCUACCGGAUCCCAUCAGGGAUAGUGAAAUGAUCAGGAGCGUUGGAGAGCUGUUUGCGGUGGACUCAGAGCAGCUCCUGAAAGAUGUGGAAUUCAUGAAGGCAACGUGUACCGAACAGGCCGCCAUGAUCGACCUCAAGCACUGUGUCAAGAACAUCAAUCUGAAAGCUUCGUGGCCAGGACGCCGGGAAGACUUUGAGACGGAGCAAGCGUAUCAGCAUUGGAGGACACAAGAGCUCCAGAAUCUUUCCGAAGUCAUGAUGCAGAUGUGCCAGUCAAAUCCUGUGCUCCUAAAGACGACUUCAAGAUCGUCUACGAUAUCGACAUCAGCGGAUGCUGGCGGCGCUACUCGCAAAAGGACGAUUGACUCUGCGGGCGUCGGCAGUGCAGGCACUGCCCCCGUUGAAGUCUCGGCUGCCGUUGAAGCCGGGGAAGGCGCACCGGAUGCUGAUACCCUCAGUCAAGCCGUCGAUGAAGAAGAAACAUUCGAAGGCUUUACCUACGUGCCGCCGGAUCCCAAGGCCUUCUAUCGAAGAGCGUUGGAGCUCUCCAUCGACUUUGACCUUGAACAGAUCAAGCAGCAGCCAGAGGAGGAAGAAGUGUCACUGAGUAUCCUCUCACGGCAGCACGUGGAGCUGCUAAACGAAUGCGCUCUGCGCUGGAGGCUGGGGCCUUCGUACCGGACGGUUGUUAAUCUGGACGUCAUGAAGGAGAAAUUUGACAGAGGAGAGGUGCCGCUGGACUGCAUUUCAGAGGCUUUGACCACCACUCAGAGCGUCGUGCAGGAGAUCAAUGUCGAUCUUUGGAUGAAGUCGGACUAUGUGCUACUUGUCCGCAUCUUCUCCUCGCUCUUCGACUCCUUCCUGCGGUCGAUCUACGAAGCGUUCCAAGAUCUUCACAAUGUCGACCCGGAAGACAUUCAACCCUACGUGGUCAUGGCUGAAGAGCUUCACGCUUCACAGCUGGUCAGGACGAAUCAGGACUCCAAUGGGACAAUAGUCGAGAUGGAUCGACACACCGAAGAGCUCAAGGAUGGCAUUAGAAUCAUGGCUAUCCACGAGUACACUGCCAAGACAACUGAGCUCUUCUCGCAAGCAGUCGACAAUGAGGUUGUCCCGCUGAUACAGCUCAUCGAUUGGCUACAAAAAGGCGCCAAGAGGCUCGACAAACGAUACCCCGACCCAAUCUUUGGCUCGAUAGACCCAGUGCGUCAUCUCCUCGAGAAACAAGUGCCGCUAUUCCUCGAUGACCUGCAGUCGAUGAAGCAGCAGGUCCUACAACAUGCCUUGAGAGAGCGAGAGCCGCUGGCAUUCGAGGACAUCUAUACCCUGUACAACCGCGUCAAGGAGCUUCUCAAGAUGUACCUGGCCUUCGCGCCUGAUGGAGACGUGUCCUUCAGCGUUGGCGACUGGUUUGAGCCUCACAUCAAGCACUGGCUCGUCAAUACUGAUCGGAAGACUGGCGAGUGGGUCAACAAUGCAAUCGCCUCUGAUCAAUUUGUCCCACUCGAUGUGGAGGGCGCUGUGCACAGCUCCUCCAUCGAUGAUCUCUUUGGGGCUCUGGGCCAGCCGCUGGAAUUCAUCCAAUCGCUGAAAUGGCCAGAUGAAUACCAAAGUGCUCGCUUUCUGACAGACCUGUCCAAGACAAUCUCAAAGUCCAUCGAGAUGUAUUGUCAUCGAGUCGAAGAGCUGUUCAUGGAUGAGAUGUUUCCUCGUACUGCCGAGGGCCAAGACACAUCGCAGAAGCAGUCAGCGUGGAUGGUCAAGGCUAAGCAGACUCUGCAAGGUACCCAGAAGGUGGAGCCUUUCCACUUUCAGGAAACGUCUUGUGUAAAGCUGAAUAACAUCGAAGCAGCACGGCUCUUGCUGGACAAGCUCUACACGAAAGUGGAAGCCGAUAAACAGGCUCAGAUAAUCCGAGAGGCGGGCAUGGAUGCCGCGGACAAGCAGCCAUCGGAGCGAUUCAUCUUCACCAUCAAGGUCGUCUUGGGCGAAAAUUUGCAGCCUAUACGCGACGUGAGCGGAAAGGCGCGAAUCGAUUCUUUUGUGACGCUCAGUGACGAGAGGGGCAACAAAAUUGCAAAAACGAGGACAAUCUAUGAGACUCCUGAUCCGAGGUGGGAUGAGGCAUUUGACGUCACUGUCAAUAAGCCGAUGUGGCUCGCUGCUACCGUCUGGGAUCGGAAGCUCGUAGGCGAUCACAAUCUUUGUGGCAGAGCCUUCCUUCGCUUGGACCCUCGUUUCUUUGGUGACUUUUUGAAUCACGAGCUAUGGCUCGAUCUCGAUCCUCAGGGCAAGCUGCUGAUGAGAGUCAGUAUGGAGGGCGAGAAGGAUGACAUUCUCUUCUACUUUGGUCGGGCCUUCCGUUCGCUGAAGCGGGCAGAGAGCGACAUGGUGAGGACAAUUGUGGAUAAGAUGUCCAUCUUCAUUCGCCAAUGCCUGUCGAGAUCUGUGCUCAAGUCAUUGGUCAAGACCAGUGGAAUCAAUAUCGAUAAGGCUCUGGGAAACGUCAAGGCGCUGUACGCUCAGGCUCUGGCGAGUACGUCUUCGAGUCCGUCCGUCAUCCCGCCUGUCGAGUCCGAGGCACCAAAAAAGCAACGCCCGGCCGUCUUGACAGACGAAGAGAUCGAAGGUGCAAUUGCCCCUCUCCUCGACUACCUUCACGAAUGUCUCGGCACUCUCAAGAGCAGUCUGAGUGACAGCCAGGCAGAAUUGGUCAUGACGAAAGUGUGGAAGGAAGUCCUUACCACAAUAGAUUCUAUCCUAUUACCGCCGCUGUCCGAUGCUCCAUCCGACCUCUCGCAGCUAUCCGGAAAGGAAGUCGAAGUGGUCUUCAAGUGGCUCAGCUUCCUGCGAAACUAUUUCAAUGCCUAUGACGAAGAGACACAAACCGCUCAUGGUGUUCCCCUGGAAGUCCUGCAGGGGCCCAAGUACCGAGAGAUUGUUGCCUAUACCCUUCACCACGACUCGUCUACAGACGCCCUCAUGGAAGCCUGUGUGCGAGAGAUGCAGCUUCGACUCAGGCGAGCGCCUACAAAGAAGACGAAGAACAAGAGUGUCCUGGAGCAGCGCUCCCUAGGGACAAUCAAGAAGCGGAAACAGGACAAGAAGGUGGACCACGAGGAGCAAGACAAUCUGGAACUCAUCUUGCGUUUGUUGCGCAUGAGGCCCCAUACGGGAGAUUUCUUGCAGCAGCAAUUUGCCACUUUGACAGCUCUGCAGCAAGGACCUAAUGCCCAGCCUCCACCGCUUCCUCGCGGCGGUGGGGCGGGUCAACGCGCUUCCCGCCUCUUUGCUACUCCUCUGAGCGGUCCAAGCGGUGAGGGUGGUCUCUCGCGUCCGAUGGCCCCAGCAAGAGCAGCCUCGCACGAUGUGACCAGUGGGAACACUGUCGGUGGCGGUGUCGAGCUGUCUGAUCCAGGCGCAGAGGUCAGACCAGCGGCAGCGAGUGGGAGAGGCCACUUUUCACGGCCGUCGAUGCUCAGUCGUAGUAGAGUCUCUUCUGGUGGGAGCACUUAUGGUGGUGGGCCGAGACCUUUCAGGGGAUGAGAGAGAAUAGAGUGGCAGAAGAACCUGGCCUGAUAGUCUGGGCUGCAAAUCUUCUUCUUCUUCUUCUUCUUCUUCUUCUUCUUCUUCUUCUUCUUCAUCCGCCGUAGAGUGUCUUGUCUUUCAUACCCUACCUUGUCUCUCCUUCAUCUCAUCUUCCUGCAAUGACCAGUCUGUAGGAAAGUCUCUCCUUUUGAUGCGCAUGUCUAAAAGCGAUAGUCGAUUGUCUAGAGCGCACACACACGUUCACUCAGGC